AUGGGGGGUCCAGCAUUCGGAUUCUCAGUCGGAGACUUCAUAGCUGGAGCCCAGAUCCUAACUCAAGUCAUAAAAGCUUUCAAAGAAGCCGGAGGCGCAUCCUCGAAGUACCUGCGCGAGGUAUCGUUUUUAAACAGCUUCAAGGCAACGCUUGAGCAUUUGGAGAGAUUCGUUUCCAGCACAACCUCCCAACCCAUACCUUCCUCAACCACCGCAACAACCCUUCCCUCCCAAACUCAAGCCAGCAACCUACCACAAGACAUCUCGAAACUCCUUCAAGACAUCAAAGCACCUUGGCAAGAGUUCAAAACCUUCUUGGAUAGGUAUGAAACUUCCUUGGGAGCAGAGUCUAGUAGGUCGAGACUUGCGAAGGUGCCGAGAACAGUGCAGUUUACUGUGAAGGAUAUUGGGGGGAAGGUUGAGAAGUUAAGGAAUCAGGUGGAACAGCCGUUGCAGGCGGUGAAUUCUCUGUUAGCAUUACAUGUGAUAGAUACCCUCUCAGAUCUCCCCAACCAACUGCUCUCACCAUCCCAACGCGCCCAACUCAUAGAAGCCAUAAAGCUAGCCGAUAUUCCCACCUCACUCUCUCUCCAGAUAGAACAACUCCAGCGCGUCGCCUCAUCAUACAACAUGAAACAAGACCAACAGUUACAAAUUGUGGAGACUUUAAAAACUCAGCUAGAAGAAAGAAUCACUGGCUUGCAAUCAGUGUUGGAAGUUGUUGCUGAACAAAGUGUAGAUCUGAAUUUAGGUGCCAGAGAAAGAGGUGCAGAUGCGACAGAGCGGCACGAGGAGCAGGUAGAAAUGACAAGGGGGGUUAGCGUAGGUGUGGAGAGGCUUCGGGGGGUGUUGGAAAGCAGAGCUGAUCAGCUUCAAUCGGCGUUGAAAGAGCAGAAGCAGCUUGUUCUUGCGCUGAAAUCGUUUUUGGAAGACAAGAGCCAGAGCUUCCUCACCGCACCUGAUGCCGAAUCCCCUUCCCCCACCAUUACCACCGACACUCCGAAAAUGACCGAGAACUCAAAUACAAACUCAAAUCACUGGCCCUCGACCCUCUCAACAGCAUACUUCGCCGCCCUACUCCUCUCAAGCAUACUAUCAAGCGUAACCACCACCGCACUCGUAACUCGGACCCAAAACCGCACUCCUCUCGGAGCAGGAGCCGGACGUCCAGUUUUCCUGCCAGUGGAUCAUAGCUUACCUGGUCUGGGAGCUUUGAAUAGCAUACGUAUCCAUCCUUCACUUUUAAAGUCCCCAAAACCUUUGGAAAACGAGAGCGCCAGCUCUGGAUCCGGUCAAGUUACACCGUUGUAA